CAACCAUGUAAGCAGCUUCGCUUCCUGCCGCAACCGUCCGCGGCCUGAGGAACCCACGGCCGCGCUCGGGGGCCGACUUCCGGGGGCUGAGCCGUUGAAGCGCGAGGCUGGGGUGGGGGGCAGCCGGGGCGGGAGGCGCAGACUCAUGAAAUGGCCACAGAUGAUAAGACGUCCCCAACACUGGACUCUGCUAAUGAUUUGCCUCGAUCUCCUACUAGUCCUUCUCAUCUCACACACUUUAAACCUUUGACUCCUGAUCAAGAUGAGCCCCCUUUUAAAUCAGCUUAUAGUUCUUUUGUAAAUCUCUUUCGUUUUAACAAAGAGAGAGCAGAAGGAGGCCAGGGAGAACAGCAGCCUUUGAGUGGAAGUUGGACCAGCCCUCAGCUCCCUUCAAGGACACAGUCUGUUAGGUCACCCACACCUUAUAAAAAACAGCUUAAUGAGGAACUCCAGCGGCGCUCUUCAGCAUUAGACACAAGAAGGAAAGCAGAACCUACCUUUGGAGGUCAUGACCCUCGUACAGCUGUUCAGCUUCGAAGCCUCAGCACAGUAUUAAAACGCCUCAAGGAAAUCAUGGAGGGGAAAAGCCAGGAUAGUGACCUGAAACAAUACUGGAUGCCAGAUAGCCAAUGUAAAGAGUGCUAUGACUGUAGUGAGAAAUUUACAACCUUUAGGCGCAGACACCAUUGCCGACUAUGUGGGCAGAUUUUCUGCAGUCGUUGCUGUAAUCAAGAAAUCCCUGGAAAAUUUAUGGGCUAUACAGGAGACCUCCGAGCUUGCACGUAUUGUAGAAAAAUAGCCUUAAGUUAUGCUCAUUCCACAGACAGUAAUUCUAUUGGGGAAGACUUGAAUGCUCUUUCAGAUUCUGCUUGCUCUGUGUCUGUGCUUGAUCCAAGUGAACCCCGAACACCUGUUGGGAGUAGGAAAGCCAGCCGUAACAUAUUUUUAGAGGAUGAUUUGGCCUGGCAAAGUUUGAUUCAUCCAGAUUCCUCAAAUACUCCUCUUUCAACAAGACUUGUAUCUGUGCAAGAGGAUGCUGGGAAAUCUCCUGCUCGAAAUAGAUCAGCCAGCAUUACUAACCUGUCACUGGAUAGAUCUGGUUCUCCUAUGGUACCUUCAUAUGAGACAUCUGUCAGUCCCCAGGCUAACCGAACAUAUGUUAGGACAGAGACCACUGAGGAUGAACGCAAAAUUCUUCUGGACAGUGUGCAGUUAAAAGACCUGUGGAAAAAAAUCUGCCAUCACAGCAGUGGAAUGGAGUUUCAGGAUCACCGCUACUGGUUGAGAACGCAUCCUAACUGCAUUGUAGGAAAGGAAUUAGUCAACUGGCUAAUCCGAAAUGGGCACAUUGCCACAAGGGCACAAGCUAUAGCAAUUGGACAAGCAAUGGUUGAUGGACGUUGGCUGGAUUGUGUUAGUCAUCACGACCAGCUUUUCAGAGAUGAGUAUGCGCUGUAUAGACCACUGCAGAGUACAGAAUUUUCUGAGACACCUUCUCCCGACAGUGACUCAGUGAACUCCGUGGAAGGACACUCUGAGCCAUCCUGGUUUAAAGACAUAAAGUUUGAUGACAGUGACACAGAACAGAUAGCUGAAGAAGGUGACGAUAAUUUGGCUAAUUCUGCCAGUCCUAGCAAGCGCACAUCAGUCAGCAGUUUCCAGUCCACAGUGGACAGUGACUCAGCCGCUUCUAUCAGCCUGAACGUGGAGCUGGACAACGUGAACUUCCAUAUCAAGAAGCCCUCCAAGUACCCACAUGUGCCCCCUCACCCUGCUGACCAAAAAGAGUAUUUGAUUUCUGACACUGGAGGACAACAGCUCUCAAUAAGUGACGCUUUCAUCAAAGAAUCCUUAUUUAAUCGUCGAGUAGAGGAAAAAUCCAAAGAGCUGCCUUUCACACCUUUGGGCUGGCAUCAUAACAACCUGGAGCUCCUGAGGGAGGAGAAUGGGGAGAAACAAGCCAUGGAGAGGUUGCUUUCAGCUAAUCAUAACCACAUGAUGGCACUACUCCAGCAGUUGCUCCAUAGUGACUCACUGUCAUCAUCUUGGAGGGACAUCAUCGUGUCAUUGGUCUGCCAGGUUGUUCAGACAGUCCGACCUGAUGUCAAGAACCAGGAUGAUGACAUGGAUAUCCGUCAGUUUGUCCACAUCAAAAAAAUCCCAGGUGGAAAGAAGUUUGAUUCUGUGGUUGUCAAUGGCUUUGUUUGUACCAAGAACAUUGCACAUAAAAAGAUGAAUUCUUGUAUUAAAAACCCCAAAAUUCUUCUGUUGAAGUGUUCCAUUGAGUAUCUCUACAGAGAAGAAACUAAGUUUACUUGCAUUGAUCCUAUUGUGCUUCAGGAAAGGGAAUUCUUGAAGAAUUAUGUCCAGCGAAUAGUUGAUGUUCGACCCACCUUGGUUCUAGUUGAGAAAACAGUGUCUCGGAUUGCCCAGGACAUGUUAUUGGAACAUGGCAUUACUUUGGUCAUUAAUGUAAAGUCACAAGUUUUGGAACGAAUCAGUCGAAUGACCCAAGGUGAUUUAGUGAUGUCAAUGGACCAGCUGCUUACAAAACCACACCUGGGCACUUGUCACAAAUUUUAUAUGCAGAUAUUUCAGUUGCCUACUGAACAAACCAAGACACUGAUGUUUUUUGAAGGUUGUCCGCAGCACUUAGGCUGUACAAUCAAGCUAAGAGGAGGCUCUGAUUAUGAGCUGGCUCGAGUUAAGGAGAUCCUAAUAUUUAUGAUCUGUGUUGCUUAUCAUUCUCAACUAGAAAUAUCCUUUCUCAUGGAUGAAUUUGCUAUGCCUCCCACAUUAAUGCAAAACCCUUCAUUCCAUUCCCGGUUUGAGGGACGAGGGCAUGAGGGGGCUGUCCAAGAGCAGUACGGUGGAGGUUCCCUCCCCUGGGAUCCUGACAUCCCUCCUGAGUCUCUGCCCUGUGAUGAUAGCAGUUUGCUGGAAUCGAGGAUUGUGUUUGAGAAGGGUGAGCAGGAAAAUAAAAAUCUUCCACAGGCUGUUGCCUCUGUGAAGCAUCAAGAACAUAGCACAACAGCUUGCCCGGCGGGUCUCCCUUGUGCUUUCUUUGCACCUGUACCGGAAUCAUUGUUGCCACUCCCUGUGGAUGACCAACAAGAUGCUUUAGGCAGCGAGCAGCCGGAGAGUUUGCAGCAAACGGUUGUGCUGCAGGAUCCCAAAAGCCAGAUAAGAGCCUUUAGAGACCCUCUACAGGAUGACACUGGAUUAUAUGUUACUGAGGAAGUCACCUCCUCUGAAGAUAAACGAAAGACUUAUUCUUUGGCCUUUAAGCAGGAAUUAAAAGAUGUGAUCCUCUGUAUCUCCCCAGUAAUCACAUUCCGAGAACCCUUUCUUUUAACUGAAAAGGGGAUGAGAUGCUCUACCCGAGAUUAUUUUGCAGAGCAGGUUUACUGGUCUCCUCUCCUCAAUAAAGAAUUCAAAGAAAUGGAGAACAGGAGGAAGAAACAGCUGCUCAGGGAUCUCUCUGGACUUCAGGGCAUGAAUGGAAGUAUUCAGGCCAAGUCUAUUCAAGUCUUACCCUCACAUGAGCUAGUGAGCACUAGAAUUGCUGAGCAUCUGGGCGAUAGCCAGAGCUUGGGUAGAAUGCUGGCUGAUUAUCGAGCCAGAGGAGGAAGAAUUCAGCCCAAAAAUUCAGACCCUUUUGCUCAUUCAAAGGAUGCAUCAAGUACUUCAAGUGGCAAAUCAGGAAGCAAAAACGAGGGUGAUGAAGAGAGAGGGCUUAUUCUGAGUGAUGCUGUGUGGUCAACAAAGGUGGACUGUCUGAAUCCCAUUAACCACCAGAGACUUUGUGUGCUCUUCAGCAGCUCUUCUGCCCAGUCCAGCAAUGCUCCUAGUGCCUGUGUCAGUCCUUGGAUUGUAACAAUGGAAUUUUAUGGAAAGAAUGAUCUUACAUUAGGAAUAUUUUUAGAGAGAUACUGUUUCAGGCCUUCUUAUCAGUGUCCAAGCAUGUUCUGUGAUACCCCCAUGGUACAUCAUAUUCGUCGCUUUGUUCAUGGCCAAGGCUGUGUGCAGAUAAUCCUGAAGGAGUUGGAUUCUCCAGUACCUGGAUAUCAGCAUACAAUUCUUACAUAUUCCUGGUGUAGAAUCUGCAAACAGGUAACACCAGUUGUUGCUCUUUCCAAUGAGUCCUGGUCUAUGUCAUUUGCAAAAUACCUUGAACUUAGGUUUUAUGGGCACCAGUAUACUCGCAGAGCCAACGCUGAGCCCUGUGGUCACUCCAUCCAUCAUGAUUAUCACCAGUAUUUCUCCUAUAACCAGAUGGUGGCGUCUUUCAGUUAUUCUCCCAUUCGGCUUCUUGAAGUAUGUGUUCCACUCCCCAAAAUAUUCAUUAAGCGUCAGGCCCCAUUAAAAAUGUCCCUUCUUCAGGAUCUGAAGGACUUCUUUCAAAAAGUUUCACAGGUAUAUCUUGCCAUUGAUGAAAGACUUGCAUCUUUGAAAACUGAUACAUUUAGUAAAACAAGAGAGGAAAAAAUGGAAGAUAUUUUUGCACAGAAAGAGAUGGAAGAAGGUGAGUUCAAGAACUGGAUUGAGAAGAUGCAAGCAAGGCUCAUGUCUUCCUCUGUAGAUACCCCUCAGCAACUGCAGUCGGUCUUUGAGUCACUCAUUGCCAAGAAACAAAGUCUCUGUGAAGUGCUGCAAGCUUGGAAUAACAGGUUGCAGGACCUUUUCCAACAGGAAAAGGGUAGAAAGAGACCUUCAGUUCCUCCAAGUCCUGGAAGACUGAGACAAGGGGAAGAAAGCAAGAUAAGUGCAAUGGAUGCAUCUCCACGGAAUAUUUCUCCAGGACUUCAGAAUGGAGAAAAAGAGGAUCGCUUCUUAACAACUUUGUCCAGCCAGAGCUCCACCAGUUCUACUCAUCUCCAAUUGCCUACGCCACCUGAAGUCAUGUCUGAACAGUCAGUGGGAGGGCCCCCUGAGCUAGAUACAGCCAGCAGUUCUGAAGAUGUGUUUGAUGGGCAUUUGCUGGGAUCCACAGACAGCCAAGUGAAGGAAAAGUCAACCAUGAAAGCCAUCUUUGCAAAUUUGCUUCCAGGAAAUAGCUAUAAUCCUAUUCCAUUUCCUUUUGAUCCAGAUAAACACUACUUAAUGUAUGAACAUGAACGAGUGCCCAUUGCAGUCUGCGAGAAAGAACCCAGCUCCAUCAUUGCUUUUGCUCUCAGUUGUAAAGAAUACCGAAAUGCCUUAGAGGAAUUGUCUAAAGCGACUCAGUGGAACAGUGCUGAAGAAGGGCUUCCAACAAAUAGUACUUCAGAUAGCAGACCAAAGAGUAGCAGCCCUAUCAGAUUGCCUGAAAUGGGUGGAGGACAGGCAAACCGUACAGCAGAAACAGAACCACAACCAACCAAAAAGCCUUCUGGAAUGUUGUCCUUCUUCAGAGGGACAGCAGGGAAAAGCCCCGAUCUCUCUUCCCAGAAGAGAGAGACCUUACGUGGAGCAGAUAGUGCUUACUACCAGGUUGGGCAGACAGGCAAGGAGGGGACCGAUAAUCAAGGCGUUGAGCCUCAAGAUGAAGUAGAUGGAGGAGAUACACAAAAGAAACAACUCAUAAAUCCUCAUGUGGAACUUCAAUUUUCCGAUGCUAAUGCCAAGUUUUACUGUCGGCUCUACUAUGCGGGAGAGUUUCAUAAGAUGCGUGAAGUGAUUCUGGACAGCAGUGAGGAAGAUUUCAUUCGUUCCCUCUCCCACUCAUCGCCCUGGCAGGCCCGGGGAGGCAAAUCAGGAGCUGCCUUCUAUGCAACUGAGGAUGAUAGAUUUAUUUUGAAGCAAAUGCCUCGUCUGGAAGUCCAGUCCUUCCUCGACUUUGCACCACAUUACUUCAAUUAUAUUACAAAUGCUGUUCAACAAAAGAGACCCACAGCAUUGGCCAAAAUUCUUGGAGUUUACAGAAUUGGUUAUAAGAACUCUCAGAACAACACUGAGAAGAAGUUAGAUCUCCUUGUCAUGGAAAAUCUUUUCUAUGGGAGAAAGAUGGCACAGGUUUUUGAUUUGAAGGGCUCUCUUAGGAAUCGGAAUGUAAAAACUGACACUGGAAAAGAGAGUUGUGACGUGGUCCUGCUAGAUGAAAAUCUCCUAAAGAUGGUUCGAGACAACCCUCUGUACAUUCGUUCUCAUUCCAAAGCUGUGCUGAGAACCUCGAUCCAUAGUGACUCCCAUUUCCUUUCUAGCCACCUCAUUAUAGAUUAUUCUUUGCUGGUUGGGCGAGAUGAUACUAGCAAUGAGCUAGUAGUUGGAAUUAUAGAUUAUAUUCGAACAUUUACAUGGGACAAAAAGCUUGAGAUGGUUGUGAAAUCAACAGGAAUUUUAGGUGGACAAGGUAAAAUGCCAACAGUGGUGUCUCCGGAGUUGUACAGGACUAGGUUUUGUGAGGCAAUGGACAAGUAUUUCCUCAUGGUACCAGACCACUGGACAGGCUUGGGUCUGAAUUGCUGAAAUCAAGCACAUAUUUUGAAAUGGACUGUGAAGGAAAAGGGCACAGAAACAAAGGACCAAAAAUAAGCUACAUGUUUUAUUUCUUCAUCGUGUUCACCACUGUAUGCAAAGGCUUUUCAGUUCUGUGGCUCUUUAGACUGUCCGUAAUGGAAUGUUAAAACUCCAUGAAUUUGCACUUUGGUUUUUGAUACCUGUGGAUUAGCUGUCUGUAGGUUGGGAAGUGGCAUGAAAAUUUUCUUAAGCUAAAAUACAGACAUGUUUCAAAGGGCUAAGGUUGGAGAUGAGUAGAUAGGGUGAAAAAUGGGUUAAAUUUGCUAGCUUAAUUGUUUUAAGAAGAAAGCGUGGCUGGGCGUGGCGGCUCACGCUUGUAAUCCCAGCACUUUGGGAGGCCAAGGCGGGCGGAUCACGAGGUCAGG